UUACAGCAGCGAAAAACAGAAAUACAAUGACCUGUUAUUUUUAGUCUAGAUAUCAAAAAGUUGAGUUAAUUAACAUCAUUUAAUUCAGAUUCUACAUGAGGAUCCUCAUAAGCAUCACCACCACACCCUCCUCAUAGUGCAGCAGCAGCAGCAGCAGCAGCAGCAUGAAGUCCGCCGCCCUGCUAGUUCUGGCUCUGACAGCAGUCUGCCACGGCAUCCUCCCGGAGAUAGUGGACUCAGGCAUCAGCCACAUCCUGGAGGAUAAUUCCGUCCAGGGACAAACGGAGCCGGACAGCGUGUUUGUGGAAGUGGAGCAACUCCCAGAGGAUCUGCAGCACAAGCCUGAGGAUGCGUUUCAGCAAACCAACAACCAGAGCAUCAGCCCUCAUUCCAACAACAUCCCUCCAAGUCAUCCCAAUGAAAAUGCUCCUGAUAAAGUGACCGAUAAUGAAUCCUUCCACUCCGCUACAGACCAGGAGACUAACAACAUCACCACAGCCGUCCAGACGAGUGAUCUGGAGAACAAGAUUGAUCAUAGAUGCCUCACUAACGACGACUGUGGGAAGGGAAGGUAUUGCCUCUCUGACACAGACAAUUCCAAGUGUCUGCCAUGUAAAGCCAUCGAUGUGCCCUGUACGAAGGAUGCGGAGUGCUGUGGCGAACAAUUAUGUCUGUGGGGCCAGUGCACUCAAAAUGCAACAAAAGGGGAGGCUGGCAGCACUUGUCAACACCAGACUGAUUGUAACCUAGACCUCUGCUGUGCUUUCCAUAAAACCCUGCUCUUUCCCGUCUGUUCGGCCAAACCCAUUGAGCGUGAGCGCUGCUUCGGUGCCUCCAACCACCUGAUGGAGUUACUGUCGUGGGACAUUCAGGACGAUGGACCCAGGAAACACUGUCCCUGUGCAGGUGAUCUCCACUGCCAGCAUCUGGGGCGAGGCUCCAUGUGCCUUAAAGGAGAGGACUCGAGUGAAGAGGAUCUGACAGACUCUCUAUACUCAGAGAUAGACUACAUCAUCUAGACACAGCUCGGUUUAACUCACAUUGCCUUGUAAGCAGCUAGUCAGGCGUCUCCUCUGACUCCAGAGCCAUUUUUUGCAAAGAGUCAUUGCAAUUUCUUUUUGCCAGCUUAAUCCAAAACACUAAAGCAUGGAAAAUGGAUGAAAAUAUAUUUAUUUUAAUUGCUGUAAUUGAGGUUUAUUAUAACCCUUAAAUGUGUCUAUAGAUGUAAAUAUGAAAGUGACUAACACAAAAAAGACAGGAAGCUGAAUUUGCUAAACACACUUAACAUUAGUUUUCUUCACUAUUUGCUGCAUAGCUAGAGUUUUUUUGCAAGUCUGCCUAUUAUAUAAUGCUAACCCCAGCCAUAACCAUAACACACUGAUUACAACUCUAAAGAUUUAAUAUCUGUAAAUGGACUGGAAGUUACCGUCUUUUCGCCUAAGUUGCAGACUUACUGCAUUUACUGUUAACUGGGAGAAAAAAACGGUCACGCUGCAUGUACUGUUUGAGCAAUAAAACAGAAAGAUGUUAGAUUUCUCUACAGAAACAACACGGCCAUCAUGUGCAAGAAGAGCAUGGGUUGUUUCUUCCAAUUCUGGGAAUCAUUCUAAAAUAUUGUGACCAUAAUAUUUAAUCAUACUGACCUCAUCUCAGAUGUUUGGUAGUAUCGAAUUAUAGCUGCUUAAAGUUGUUUGUAACAAAGCAUUUCUCUUCUGCAUCUUUCACUUGUUAUAGCCGAGAACAUGUUUUGGCAAAAUUCCUGCUUGAUCCCCACCAAUAUCAGCUCUGCUGCCAAGAUCUUCAUGUUGCUUUUCUCCACAGAGGUGACUUGUGUUUUUGCCAAAAUCUAAGCCUCAACAUUUUUACUGCACUGAGAUGACAUGUUCUUAUAUAUGCACGGCAGGAAACACUGUCACUCACAACAGGAUGUGUUUGAUUCUGCCUCUACUGCAGUUAUUUUGCAAUGUGUUGUUCUUCUUUUAUAUAUCUGCACUUUAACCUGAACUUUAAUAGGCCGCUGUUGUCUUUGAAGCAGCGUUUCAUCCGCAGGAAUAUCAGAAAAUUAUUGAAUGUAUAAUCAAAGGUCAAGGUUGAAGUCAUGUUUUAGUGUCACAGUCGUAACAGGACUGCAAUCUAUUGUCCAGCAGUGAAAAUGUUUUGUGCAAGGAUAAAACUUGAACUGUAGUGAGGCUGUAUGUGUUGGUCCUCUAAGCUGGAAUCACAGAAAACUGCACAAUCUCAUGCAAUAAGCUCAAUAACUGCACUGACUGUGGAUGUUGUUACUGUAUAGAGAUGUGUUUGCAAUAUUCUGUUCCCAAAUUACCAUUAAGAGUCUAUAAAUAUAGGAUUUAUAGCAAAUCGAGUGCAAAAGACCAUAAAUUAAGAAAUCGCUGUGUAAUUAUUAAGCUGUUAAUCUUGAAUAAACAGUACAGUAACCUUUAGUUUAUUUACCAACUAAGUACCAUAAUCUGCUUUUCUUGUUCUGCUUUCUCCUCACUUAGCAAAACACCUGAAGGCCCUGCACACUCACAUCAUAGUGUAGCGGCAACAUGAAAAUUGCUGUGGACUUUUGCAAGAAUUAUUGUUUUAAAUAUAUUGAAAUAAAGUAAUGACAAAAUUAAUUUAAUCAGUAACAAGAGGAGAGUUAGUAGGUACCACAAGGGCGGCCAGCCGGAAUUAAACCAAGAAUUUAAAUUUAGUGUGAACCUUAACCGUUAAGUAAUCAGGAUGCUCCAAAAAAGGUUUAUAUCUAAUGAAAUGCCUCCCUGAGCACUUUCAGUUGUUUUUUCUAUUAGCCCUUAACACUGACCGACACUUAUAUUUCAUUUUUGAUGAAUAAGUAACUAGAGGCAUUAUUCCUACGACACAAAUCACUUCUUAGACUCAGCAUUUAUAAUUUCACUGCAAAUACUGUCAAUGAGGUUCCAAACAUUACUGCUUAAAAAUUAGUGUUUAAAGCUAGCAAUGCAACAUACCAUUUCAAUAUUCAGCCUGAAAGUUUAUUUUUUCUUUGCAAACAAUGUUUAACAAUGCAGUGUACUUAAAUGCUGGAUGGAACUUACAGAUAAAACUGUCAAAUAUAACUUGCACUUUGAACCUAACAGCUUGUACAACUCUUGCCUUUGGAACAAUAAAAAAGGUUUUUUGGAAACUCUAAAACA